UAUUGAUACAAAUAUGAAAGUGGUAACGCCAUAUUGAGCGAAUGUUGCUCGUAAAGCUUGGGGUAAUUUACCUUGUGGUUCUACAAGUAUUUGAGGAACUAUUUCUCAUAUAGUGUUAGCAACUAAUUUAACAUGGGUAAUAAUCACUAUUUAAACAUUGGGAACUAGAAUGAGCUGCUCGGAUUCGAAAAAAUCGAAGAAAAUAAAGAGCAGUUAAGUGGAAACAUGGGUAACGUUCUUGGGAAAGAAUGCGGGGAUGGAGAGAAAGAUGAAAUGCCGCAGGAAAUGUGCGGUGAAGAUGUUAGAGAGGAGGCCGAUGGGGCUCCCAGUGGAGAUGAACAGUCUUCUCAAUCUAUUGGAGAACUCGAUAGCUACGAAUUGAAACGGCCAGAUGAAAUCAAGGAUGAAAUUGUAAAAGCAGAUGAAAGUUCAGCAUUGCCAGUCAUUUCUACAGUAGCUGCAGCAAGCCAGCGAGAGGAGAAGCCAUGUACGUGUAAAGCCUGCAAGGACAAGCGAGAGUUAGCAGCAGAACAGUUGGAAGAAAUGCGUCGAUUACAGACUUAUUGGAUGGAGCUUCGUCAGUACAUCCGUAUGGUUUACCGUAUGGCCAUAGAAGGCAGAACAGUAGAGAACAAUGGUGCAGAGGAUUAUGAGGUCAAGAUGAAGGACUUGGUUCAGAAGUUGUGUGCUCGUGAUCCACAUCAGCUUUUUCAGAGGCUUGAGUCACAAGUGCAGGAAUUUGUAAUUGAGGCCAAAGUCCGUCAGUUAGAACUUCUUCAUCGAGAGGAGCAAACUCCUGAAUUUGCUCAGAUAUUCCUCACAGGUCUUCUGGAGGGAUAUGACAAACUUUGCCUUGCUGCAAAGCAGCUAGCCCCUUUGCUACAGCAGUUGGAGACUGAACACUUGCAACGAUUCAACCUUACAUGGGAGGUCCUUAACAAACACUUGUAUCAGAGUUGUGUCUAUACUGACCCUCUUGUACAGAAUAAUCUGCCCCACUACAUAGGACAGUUACGUAACAUGUUGCCAGGGAAGAAUCAAGCCUACUCUGAGCUGGUGCACCGCUACUUGGUAUUUGAUUAUGAAAUGACCCUUAUUGGAGCUAUGUGGAGGGACACAGAGAUGCUUGUUCAUAAAUAUAAGUAAGAUUUCUGUUUACUU